UUGUCCUCUCAGAGGUUUCACUUUUCUUGUGACACACCUACAGUAUAGUCCUAAGGUCAUAGAGCUGCCCAGACUUGGAAGAAGUAGCUGCACUUCUUUGAAUGAAAACUUACCUAGGGCUGGAGAGCACAGCGGCUGCACAGAAUUAUAGGGGAGGACCAAAAGGCCCAAGAAGGUCAGAGGUGGAAGGCGGGUUCCUAAACUUGCUGUUCAGUCUCAUCAGCGAUCUUAGAAGCUGCUGCAGAGGUUAGGCUCCUGUGCCUUAAACAGCUACACGACAGGCAGAAAUUCAAGAGGGCAAGUUUUUCUCGACAAUGAAGGAAUCUCAGAGCUUUUCUAUCAAAGGAAGAAAUAUGACCUGCUAACCUCUCAGGAUUAGACUGUGAAUUUUAAACCUUGACGUCUGUCACCUUGGAAAUGUAGCAGCUGAACGUCUGCAUGCAGAGGUACAGUUUGCAUCCAUGCUGCAAGAAGGGAAAGAAACAAAUACUUCUGGUACAGAAAAAACCUCACCGUGCCAUGGAAUAUAAGCAGUAGGUACACAGAGGAGCUCCACAGAGAACUCUUGCCUCAAUAUGUCUCAUUUCAGCCCUUUCUCCUUGAUGCUCUAUGCAUUAUUAGCCCUUUUCACAUGGUCCCCCUGGGGUGCUGAUUCUUUUGGGUUCAGACACUGUAUCCUUUCUCCCAACACACCAGGCCUUGCUUUCUGUGCUUCCCAGGCCAUCACCAACCUAAGCCGUGCUACCUCUCGUCUGCCCAAUUCCACUCAUUGGCUCAACGCCUCCCACAACUUAGUGGAGGUUCUGCCCUUCAAGGCCUUUUCCCACCUCCCUCAUUUGUUGGAACUGUAUUUGGACCAUAACCAGAUAUCAACCAUUGAGUCCAAUGCCUUUCAAAGCUUGGUGGACCUGGAGGUCCUUGACUUGAGCCAGAACCAGCUGGCUUCCGUGGGGGCCACCAUAUUGGCCAAACUGAGCAAGCUACGCGAGCUUCACUUGGGGCACAACAAAAUCACCACACUGCACCCCAAGUCCCUCAUGUUCCAGGUGGCUCUCCACAAACUCCACCUGCCCUCCAAUGAUCUCUCCAUGUUUCAAGAGGUCACAACAGCUGUGGAAGGUUUGCUCAACCUCACAUUCCUGAAUCUGGAUUACAACCAUAUUUCCGCACCAUGUGCAGGUCCUGACCGGAUCACUUUGCCUAUCCUGAGGAAUCUCAGCUUAAACAGCAAUGGCAUUUCAAGGCUGGACUUGUCCAAUUGCUCCUUUCCUAGCUUGCAGCAACUGAACCUAACCUUUAACAACAUGUCAGAAGUGAAGGCUGAAUCCUUCCAAGCCACUCCUGCCUUGGUGGAGUUGUCCUUGGACAUGAACCCCUUAAACGUCUCCCAGCUUAUCAAUGUGUCUCUUCCUAACUUGACGAUGUUGCACUUGUCUAGUCUGAAUCCAUCAUUAAACGACAGCCUGCCAGAAGCUUGCUCUGUUUUCCAGAAUCUCCCAUCCUUGACUUCUUUGGACAUCAAGCAUUCCAAUAUUAAAUCUUUUAAUUUGAACUACUUGGGUUCCUGUACUAACCUCACAUGGCUGGAUCUGUCUACUACACAGUACAAGUAUCUAGAUAAUGGGGUUUUCAACAAGUUUCAGAAAUUGGAGUUCCUCUCGCUGGACAGGUGCAAAGUACUGAAACUCCGCUCUAGUGCCUGGGGGCAACAGAUGCAGCUACGUACUCUAAUCCUGAAGAGGAAUUCUAUAUCCCAGUUGAAUGAGAGCGUCUUCAGACCUUUGACAAAACUGAGUUAUUUGGAUCUGUCAAAGAACCACCUGACCAACCUCAAGUCAAAAUCCUUUAUGGGUAUGAGGGCAUUGCGGGAACUCAUCAUGCAGGGCUGUCAGGUCACAGCUGUUACCCGUGACACCUUUAAUUAUGCUCGCAAAAUGGAGUUUUUGGACUUAAGGGACAAUAGCAUCCAACGACUGAAGGACUAUGCCUUUGAAAAGCUCAACCACUUGGAAACCCUCCUGCUUUCAGGAAACAAAAUCCUCUCAGUCCAAACUCGUGCUUUUUAUGGACUCACCUCCCUGAGAGUCCUCUCUCUGGGUCAUAAUUUGCUUUACAAGCUGGCUCAUACAAGUUUUGUAAAACUCAAAAAACUGGAAACCUUGGACCUCAGUCACAACAAUCUCUUUACUUACCAAAAGUAUGAUUAUCCUAGCCCCUUUGUUGGCCUCUACUCCCUCUGGAAAUUGGACCUCAGUUUUCAGAAGCCUAUGCAGACCAUCUGCCCCCCAAAGAAACUCUUCCAAGGCCUGGAGAAUCUCCAGCACCUCUCCUUGAAGGGCAACCCUAGCCUCUUGUUCGUCAACAUCUCCUUUGUCAACCUGACUGGCCUGAAGUCCCUAGACCUCUCUGAAAUCACCCCAAGUAAGGAAGGCUUUUGGAGACCCCAUCCAAAUAUCUUCCAAGGUCUGAGUAACCUAAGUCAACUCCAGAUAGAAGACAACUCCUUUAAGGACCUGCCUGAACAAAUCUUUUCUGGUUUGACAGCUCUAGAGCAGCUGUCCUUGAGCAAGAACAACCUGAAGAACAUCAGUAAAAAGUUGCUUGGUGGACUCUCAGCUCUAAAAUAUCUGGAUGCCUCUGGGAACUUCCUUACUUGUUCCUGUGAGAAUGUAUGGUUCCAGAAUUGGUCUGUGUCUGAACCAAACAUCCAGGUGGCCUGGCUGGGCUCCUAUAAUUGCUUUAGCUCCAGCUUCAACACUUAUCGCUUUGUUGAUGAAGACCUGUCCUUCUGCUUUGAGAGUUGGGGAAUAUACUUGUUCGCUAUCACCACAGUAGUCACUCUCUUGCUCCUGCUUAGUUCUUUGAUCAAUGCCAAGUUUGGAUGGACCCUGAGGCAUGCUUACUAUCUCCUGAGGGGCUGGGGAUACAGGCAACUGCACCAGAAAGAACAGGACUAUCAAUAUGAUGCCUACAUUUCUUGUUGUGGGCAGGACCAUGAAUGGGUGGUAAAGAAUCUCCUGGGAAAGCUGGAAGAAGAGGAGGAGCCCUACUUCCGGCUCUGUUUUGGGCCUAGAGAUUUUGCCCCUGGAGACUAUUACAUGGACAACGUGCAGAAUGGAAUAAGCCAAAGCCGCAAGACCUUGUGCCUAGUGAGCAACAAUUACCUGGAAAACGAGUGGUGCUCACUGGAAAUCCAACUUGCUUGUUCCAAGAUCUACUACCAUGGGGAGGACCCACUGGUUGUGGUCUUUAUGGAAGAAAUCCCUAACUACAGGUUGUCUCCCUAUCAUCGCCUGAGGAAACUAAUUAAGCAAGAGAGCUACCUCUCAUGGCCUGAGGACCCAGAGGCUGAGAAUCUCUUCUGGACCAGACUGCGUGAGGCCCUGAACUCUACAGAGCAAGAGCGAGGUGUCCCAUUAUUCAAUGUAAUCGAGUAACUGCCAGCAAGGGAGGAAACCAUCAUGGCUGGUGUUUCUGGUGUUCUCUGAGAGUAAACAGUGGCCUGAAUGGCAUGAAGCA